GAGGGGGUACUGCUGCUGCCUGGUCAAGGAUUGCCAGGGCAUCCUUUUUCUAAAGGAGGCUGCAGCACUUGCCUGCUGUUUAUGCCUUCCCUCCUGGCUCUGGGGAGAGGGUGUGCAGGCUGGAGGCAGCAAACGCGCAUGGGAAGAGGCAAGGCUGAGGGGGAAGUUUGGCUCCCUCACAGGGAAAACAUUCUUUUUUUUUUUUAUUCUGCAUUAAAACCAGGCAGAAGUAACAACUGAUACUGCUUUUUCAGCAUGGAUUUUUGCUGUCUUUCAUUUCAAGAUUCAGUGGGGUAAGGUGGCUUCAGAACUGUGCUGCUCAGAAGAAUUGUUUUAGUAGUCACCUCUGUCGAGGCCUCUGAGCUCCUUGCUGCAAGGAAGAGGAUAGGGCUGACCUGAGCCAUGUCCAAUGACCCUCCGCCCCCCUACCCGGGCGGCCCCUCGGCACCGCUGAUAGAAGAGAAGCACGGCCCACCCCCUGCCGCAGAUGGCGUCGCCCCAGUUGUGGGACAGCCCCAGGGGGUUCCCAUCCCCCCUCCUGAAUUUGGGCCCCCCCCAUACGAGCCGCCCUCGCAGCCGGGGUUCGUGCCCCCCCACAUGCCCACAGACACCUCUGGGCCCUACGUGCCGCCUGCAGGUUACUACCCGCCCCCAGGUCCUCACCCCCCCAUGGGCUACUACCCUGCUCCGGGCCACUACCCCUCCCCUGGCGGCCACACAGCGACAGUGCUCGUCCCGUCGGGGGCUGCCACCACAGUGACGGUGCUGCAGGGAGAGAUCUUCCAGGGUGCCCCCGUGCAGACGGUGUGUCCCCACUGCCAGCAAGCCAUCACCACCAAGAUCACCUACGAGAUCGGGCUCAUGAGCUUCCUUCUUGGCUUCUUCUGCUGCUUCGUGGGGUGUGAUCUCUGCUGCUGCCUGAUCCCCUGCCUCUUCGAUGACUUCAAGGACGUGACCCACACGUGUCCCAACUGCAAGGCCUACAUCUACACGUACAAGCGCAUGUGCUAACAGCACCCCGGGAGCCCGAGCUGCUGGAACAACACCAGCCCCCCUCCUGCUGCUGCCGUCCUAGUCUGUAACACUCUUUCGCUUAACCCUCCUCCGGUGGUGUGUAUGUGUGUGUCCCUGGCUCCCUCCUGCUCAGAGCUGCGAGCACCUUCCCCCCACUCCGGUCCUCGCUGUGAAUGGUUGGAUGGGUGAUGCUGGUGCAGCUGCCCAGGCCCCAGAUGCUGUGUGUGAAGCUGCCCUGCAGCACGCAGGAGUUGGGGGGGGGGAAAAGGCCCCGUCCCUCUGCACCCCCUUACACUCCAGGGCACUAGUGAGGCCCCUCUGGCCUGGAGCAGCCUGGGGAAGAGCAGCAGCUGCUGGAGGUGCCAACCCCAUCCCCUGUGGUGCAGGGGGUGCUGGCUGCAGCGAUGUGCUGCCUCCCCCCAGGGAGCUGCUGCAGGCUGGGGAGCACCAGGAGAGGAAGGGGGACCCCAGCAGCACACACAGGGCAGGAACCACUGCCUUGGUGGCACUUUCAGGAAGGGGCUUGCUGGCAGAGAGGGGAGUGCCACACAUGCCCAGUUUCCACAUGGGUCAGGGCCCUCUCCGGCCCCCCCCCAGGCAGAGCCCCUGCCCGGGGAGCAGCCGGCACGCUGCGCUGUGGGGGGCCCGGCAGCAGCACUGCACCCUCCAUCUGCACCUCCGUCCUGCGCCGGCUGCAUGCGCCUCCUCCCAGCCCUGCUGCGGCUCUUUCGGGGAAGGGAAACCCCUGGCAGUUCCUCACCCACCGUUCGUGAAACAUGCACCAGUCCUGUCACUCCCUGCCCGGCGCUGUAGAGUAGAGGCGUUUGUUCCCAGGCCACAGCCCUGGAGCAGACCCGUGCCUGCCCACUGCGGAGCCGCAUCCUGAGCCCAGCGGGGUCUGUGUGUGCACACCCUGCGGCACCUGUCCUGCCACCACCCGGGGGGGGGGAGGCGGGGUGUUUCCUCCUUGCAUGUGGGUGUAGGGGUUUAUUUUUAGCUCACUUGAUUGGGGGGCAGAAGGAAGGGGGCAAGGGGGCAGUGACAGGAGCUGUCAGCAGCACUUGACAGACAAGAGCAAGAGGACCUGGGAGCCAUUUUCAGCCUCUCCGUGGCUGCACUGCCUCCUCCCUCCCCUGGCCCCCCGCAGCCAGGGCAGGGGGUCUCAGUACACAGGUCUGCAGACGCAGCCUGGCCUGCACAGACAGCUGCUGUUUGCUCAGAGGUGGAACUGUGGCACUACAGUGUUUUUCUGUAAAUAAAUAACAGACCCUGA